CGCGCCCGCCCACUCGCGUCUUGGGUGCUCGUCGCCGCCCGCAUCGACGGCGCAGGCAGCCUCUCCCCACUCCCCGCCCGCGCUGGCCGAGAACCAGAGAAUCAGCUGCUCCUGCGUCCGGGCCCGUCGCCGCCCUAGGACUCCUACAUUCGGUCCAACGUUGCCCAGAGGGACACCCUUUUGGCUUGCACACCUCCUCCCUGCCGUCCAACCUGCCCCCUCAAGUCACCCAAUGACAUCCAAGGUCUGCCGCCGGGGGGGCGGGAGUUUCUCCCAAGCGCCCAAUGGACGUCCAGCAUCGUUGAACAUAUGACCAAUCACGGCGGGGAGGAGGCGGGACCUCCUGCCCGAAGUUGAAGCCGCGCAGGAAGGUCGGGCAGGACGGUGGCGGAUUUGAAAUCCAUGUGGCGGUGGCUGUGGACCCGGGUGGUCCGGGCGGCCGCGGGGCCUCGCAGCGCCUGCAGCCGCCGGGGUUGCAGCAACAGCAGCAGCACCAGCAGCUCGGCCCCCGCCGCCGGCGCCACCAUCUUCGCGCUGAGCUCGGGCCAGGGCCGCUGCGGGGUCGCCGUGAUCCGGGCCAGCGGCCCUGCCAGCGGCCACGCGCUGCGGAGCCUCACGGCGGCCCGGGACCUGCCCCCCGCCCGGCGCGCCAGCCUGCGUCUGCUCAGCGACCCGAGCUCCGGGGAGCCGCUGGACCGCGCGCUGGUGCUGUGGUUCCCAGGUCCCCAUAGCUUCACGGGUGAGGACUGUGUGGAGUUCCACGUGCACGGAGGCCCAGCCGUGGUGAGCGGCGUCCUGCAGGCACUGGGCAGUGUGCCAGGGCUGCGGCCUGCCGAGGCGGGCGAGUUCACUCGCAGGGCCUUCGCCCACGGGAAGCUCGACCUGACCGAGGUGGAGGGACUGGCAGAUCUGAUCCACGCGGAGACAGAAGCGCAGCGGCGCCAGGCACUGCGACAGCUGGAUGGCGAGCUGGGCCAGCUGUGCCACGGCUGGGCGGAGACACUCACCAAGGCGCUGGCGCAUGUGGAGGCCUACAUCGACUUUGGCGAGGAUGACAACCUGGAGGAGGAUGUCCUCAGUGAAGCCCACAAGGACGUGCGGGCACUGGAGGCCGCCUUGGACGCGCAUCUGCGAGACGCGAGGCGGGGCCAGAGGCUCCGCUCCGGGGCGCACGUGGUGGUCGCCGGGCCCCCCAACGCAGGCAAAAGCAGCUUGGUCAACCUGCUGAGCCAGAAGCCCGUGUCCAUCGUGUCCCCUGAGCCAGGGACCACCCGUGAUGUGCUGGAGACCCCGGUGGACCUGGCUGGCUUCCCAGCAUUGCUGAGUGACACAGCGGGGCUAAGGGAUGGCGUGGGGCCAGUGGAGCAGGAGGGGGUGCGGCGUGCCCAGGAGAGGUUGCAGCAGGCUGACCUGGUCCUGGCGGUGCUGGACGUGUCGGACCUGGGCUCCUCCGCCAGUCGCCACUUCCUCGCCUCGGUCGUGGGUCCGCGGUGCAGCCUGAGCCCCGGUGAGCGCCAGCAGCGCCUGCUCCUGGUGCUCAACAAGGCAGACCUGCUGCCCGGCGCAGGCCAGGACCUGGACCCCUACCUGUCUGCGGGCCUGCUGCGCAGUGCAGGCCAGGACUCGGAGCCCCGGCUGUGCAGUGCAGGCCAGGACCCGGAGCCCCGGCUGCCUCCGCACCUGCUGCCCGGUGCAGGCCAGGACCCGGAGCCCCGGCUGCCUCCGCACCUGCUGCCCAGUGCAGGCCAGGACCCGGAGCCCCGGCUGCCCCCGCACCUGCUGCCCGGUGCAGGCCAGGACCCGGAGCCCCGGCUGCCCCCGCACCUGCUGCUGUCCUGUCUGACGGGCGCAGGCUUGGAUGACCUGCUGGAGGCGCUGCGGACGGAGCUGGCUGCGCUGUGCGGGGACCCGGCGGCCGGCCCUCCGCUGCUGACGCGCGCCCGGCACCUGCACCACCUGCGCGCCUGCCGGGAUGCCCUGGCACACUUCAGGCCGGCGCGGGACCUGGCGCUGGCGGCCGAGGCGCUGCGUGUGGCCCGCGGGCACCUGACGCGCCUCACAGGCGGCGGCGGCACCGACGAGCUGCUGGAGCUCAUCUUCCGGGACUUCUGUGUGGGCAAGUGAGCACAAGCGAGCACAAGCGAGGAUGCUCCAGUGGCCUGAGGCGUCUCUUUCUGGAACUUUCUGCACGCCUGUGGAUGCCACCUUCCAAUCUGUGUAUGGUUUUGUUUCCCGUGAAAGGAAACUUUCUGUUUAUUGAAAAGAAGGCAGAGUAGUGACACAGGGAGACAGAAAGAUCUUCCAUCCACUGCUUCACUCCCCAAGUGGCCGCGAUAGCCGGAACUGAG